GUUUAGUGAGAUAUAAAGAAGAAUUGCUUUCGUAAGAACUCAAAAUCCUUGUUAACAUCGAAAAUUACGUUUGCACUACAACGUGCAGUCUAAAGCAUUGACAAAAUGACGAGGAUAAAUAUGAAAUUUGCAAUUAUGCUUAUUAUGGCGUUAUCGAGUGCAGAGUUGAAGUUACUGGACAACGCAUUGUUUUCGAGAGCAUUGUUCGAUUAUUUAUUUCCUAAGGAUCUCGAAAUAGUGAGAGUAAGAACUUUGGAAGAAACUAAAAAAGGACAAGGCGUGAAAAUACUGGAUUUUAUCGGUUUGAUAACGAGAUAUGGAUACCCUGCCGAGGAGCACUAUGUUAGAACAGAGGACGGUUACAACUUGAAGAUACAUAGAAUACCCUGUAGUCCACUGUCUAAUAACAAACAAAACAAGGAAAUUGUAUUUAUGCAACACGGCUUUAUUUCUUCAUCCGACAGUUGGGUACUGCAUGGUCCUGACAAAGAUCUUGCGUUUCUUUUGGCUGAUCGAGGAUACGAUGUGUGGCUUGGAAAUAUCAGAGGGAAUACGUACUCUAGAUCGCACGUGAAGAUGUCUCCUCGAAAUGCUGAUUUCUGGCAAUUUAGUUAUCAUGAGAUAGCGACGAUAGACCUGCCAAAUAUGAUCGAUUAUGCACUUAAUUACACCGGAAAGGAAAAGCUAUACUAUAUCGGUCAUUCUAUGGGAACUACUAUGUUGUACGUCCUUUUAUCUACGAGACCCGAAUAUAACACAAAAAUAAAAUUAGGAGUAUGUCUCGCUCCAAUUGCCUUUUGGAAUGAAGUAUCUCCUUUUAUGCAACAGAUUGUUAAUAACUGGCUAAAGUUAACGAAAUUACUUAACAACAACGAAGUGCAUGAGAUAUUUGCUUUAUCGGCGAAAUCUAUUGCAAGAAAAGAAGUAUUUUGCUCAGAAAAGUCGGAAGUACAAGCUAUUUGUAUCGCAUUAAUGUUCUUAUUCGCAGGAUCCGAUCCGCAGCAAGUUAACAUCACAGCAAUACCGGAGAUACUUACCUAUUAUCCAACCAGUGCUUCUGUAUUGUCACUGGAUCAUUAUGUUCAAAAUAUUAUUAUAAACGAUUUUCGAGAACGCGAUCCUGGGUAUCCCCAUAAUCACAGAUACAUAAUGUCUAAACCAUAUGAAGUUGAAAAAAUUACUGCACCAUUAGCUUUAAUUUAUGGAGCCAACGACGCGCUUGCCACGAAAUCGAAUGUCCUAGAAAUAUACAAGCGAUUGCCCAACAUUAUUCUGUUUGAGGAAAUUCCAUAUAAAUUGUUCACCCAUUUCGAUUUCUUAUGGGCCAUCGACGCGAGAAGUAUUUUAUACGAUCAUGUGAUAGACAUAGUGGAUGAAUUUGAAGCUAAACAACCAAGCAGGAAUUUAUUUUGAACGUAAAAUAAGUCCUCAAAGUUACAUAGGAAUUAUUACAUGAUAUGAAGUAUUAUUUAGUUUUUGUAGAAAACACUAUUAUUAAAACAAACAAAUAAUUAUAACAAACAACAAUACCUAUCAAAAUAAAUAAAAGAAUUAUAAUAAAUAAUAAA